AUGUCUCGUGCAUUGCUGACAGCUGAUAGCAUUGCUCCUGCUGCUGACGCAGCUGCUUGGACUAGCGUUGCCUACCUUUUGCAGUCCGAGACGAACCUGAAGACUGAGCUCACCAAGGUCUCGGACACUGUGGCCAACAAUGCCCGCGCCAUGCAGGAUGGCUUUCAGACGACCUUGGGUGAUGCGAAUAAGUACACGGACGACAGGAUGAACCAGUUCCGGAACGACAUGAUGGGACUGCUGAACGGAACCGAGGACAAGCUGUCGAAGGCAGAGAGCAGCCUCGGCCAGCGCAUGAGCCAAGUGGACACGGACGUGAGGCAGGCCUUGGCAGACGAGUUGGCCGCACUCUGCGAGCGCAUCGACAAAGAGUUCACUGCCGCCCGCACGGACAUGACGAAUUUCACGGAGGCGAAGUCGCAGGAGGGCAAGUCGAACCUCGACAACCAGCGCAAGGACCUCGAUGACGCAAUGUCCGCAGCAGCGCAAGAGGUUGACAAAAAGCUUGGUGACAUGAAGGCCUUAGUCGACAAGACUUUGCAGGACGACAAUGAUGCCAAGCAGCGGGACCAGAAGGACCGUGAUGAACGGACGAAUCGCUCCGAAAGUGAGAUCUGGCUCAAGAUUCAGCGUCUGGACGAGCUGCUUCAGGAGCUCAAAGAAACCUCAACCGAAGCGACAGAGGGACUCCGCCAUUCCUCCAACAAGAGCCUCACCGACUUCAAGGAUGAAGCGACGGGGCGCUUGGACGGGCUGGACGAGGAGAACACUCGGAUCCGCAGUGCGAUUCUAGAAGUGGAGAAUCUGGCAACUCGCCGUGUGGACUGGGUCAUCAAGGACGCCUCAAAGCGAUUGCGCCCGAACAGCGCCUCCAAAGCAAGCUUGCACACAAGCUGGUUCUCCCCGAAGUUCGACAUGGCAGGUGCCAGCGAUGUCGGGGGUGACUGGUGUGUCACGGAAAAGAUCCAUGGAGCAAACUUCUCUAUCCACGUAGAGAGGUCUGGAGCACUGCGCUGUGCGAAGAGAACUGCAUUCCUCAAGGAGCACGAGGAUUUCUUCGGACAUUACAGCAUGCUGAGCCGAUACAGAGCCCAGUUCCUGAGCCUUGCGAGAGAGGUGUUCGAGACUAUUGAAACUUCCUCUGUCGCGCUGUUUGGAGAGCUCUGUGGUGGAAGGUAUCCACACGAAGAAGCGCCGGAAGAGCCCCACACGCGGCCAGUGCAAACUGGUGUGUGGUACAACCCCGGGGUUGAGUUUGUCUUGUUUGACAUCGGGCUUGCUGGGACGAGCGGCCGGUGCUUCAUGGCCUUCAAGACUGUAGUGGAGCUGGCUGCCAAGCACAAGCUUCCAAGCGUGCCGGUGCUUCUCGUCGGCCCUCGUGGGGACUGCACCAACUUCAAUCCGAGAUUUGAAUCCAAAGUCUUCGCCGCCUUCGGCUUGCCAGCCAUCUCUGGUAACUUUGCCGAGGGCGUCGUCGUAAAGCCCUGGGAUCGGGAGACUGCGGCCGAGGACAGACCCAUACUCAAGGUCAAGACUCAGGAAUUCUGCGAGGGCGAUGGCUGUCCGCCGGCUGCCGGGGAUCCUGCCAUGCGUGACUACCUCUUGGCACAGGUCAACGACAAUCGGCUCGAUUCUGCUGCGAGCAAGGUAGGCAGCUUGGAGUUGGCAGACAACUGGGAGGCGAUCGUCGACCUCAUCCUGGAAGACAUCGUCCAAGAUGUAGGCGACGACCCCACCUUGUCUGCGCUUCAGCCACAGCUGCGCUGUGAAGCUUUCGACCUGCUCACCAGAAGACGCCUUGCACUCACGACUUGA